AUGACCGCCUCUGCAAACCCCCGACCCAGUCGUCCUCCAAGAGCCUCAUCUACUUCCAGGCCUGCCUCCUCUGCUCUUCCUAAGACCUCGCCUACCUCCCGGCCUACCGCCUCUAUUCAUCCCCAGGCCUCGCCUACGGCCUGGCCAUCUGCCCCUAGGCAUCCCCAAUCAGUUAAUCCUUCCCAACCGACUUCUAGCCCGGGUCGCGACCGUGGUAGAAGGACAACCGAUGAAACUUAUGCCAACCCUGCCUUCAGAGAAGCAUCUCAAAUGGCUCGUCGGGCACGUUCUGUAAAUGACCGCUCGAGUCGGGAUACACCCUCUUCUUCUCGGCGUAGGGCUCGGCUGCCCUCUAAGGAUUCUGAUUCGGACGAUCCGCCUUUGGCUCAUAGAUUUCGUCGUAGAACUACCAAUCCGAGCCAAGACUUGGGCCCUUCCCCUGUUCCUCAUCCUUCGCCUCCGGUUGCAACCGCUACUCCUGUCCCGAGCCAGGCAGAUGCUCCUCAUGAUCCUCCCGAGGUUCCGGCCGAGCCUCCACCAGCUCAACCUUCACCCUCGCAACAGCACCGAAGAACUGAAGCUGGCCCCUCACCUUCUUUCUCCCCCACCACCUCGCCUCCGGAACCUUCUCAUGUGCCCCCUUCAGCUCCCUCUGGCUCAGCUGCUGGGCCUUCACAACCACCACCACCUGCUCAUCACCAUUACCAUACCACUACCCCUUCUGAGGUCGGGUUAAGGUCAAGGAAAGACGUUCCUACCAGCACCUUGACAAUGAAAGGCCUCCAGUCUGGCUGCUGUCCUCUCGCGGAUUUCACUAAUGAGAUCCAGCUCAGCCAAUCGCCGCUCUGUAUUUCAUUCAUCGUAUAG